UGUUUGCUUAAUUCUCUGUUUGUCUUUAGCCGAGUGAUACAACAAAUAUUACAUGAACUGCAUGGAAAGGCACAAUUAACCGUCCUCGAAUAACUACACAAAAAGUUCUUUCUCAAUUGGAUUUAAAACACAGUCAACAAUUGAAAAAUAUUCGCGCUACAGCUGGAAAAUAUUUCUCGCACAUAAAUUGGAUGAAUACAGACAACGAAACCCAAAUGCUUUCCUUGGUAUAAAGCACAAAACGAAGGAAUUCAUUUAGCUGAGGUGGAGUGCGUGGGUUAAGACAGAAGAGCCGCCCGAAAAAAACUUGUGGCAUUAGCUAACCACAGAAACCCAAAACAGACCGCCCAAACUUUUUUCAAGAGUCGCAGCGACCCAAGCGGCACACACACACACCCACACACACACAGAGAGAGACAUGUCGGAUACAACAUCGUUUGAGAUGGGGUCGGUCGAUCGACCUAACCGCUUCCAAGUGAAUCCUGUUAACCAUCACAAGAACAACAAUGACAAUGAGGACCGCAAAUCACACGCACCCCCGGCCGACGAGGUCUACCGUCGGCUGACCAACAUCGAUGGAGAGCUCCACGAGGACGACACUUUCGAUGCGACCCAGUUGCUCAACAAACAACAGCCCAGGCAGCAGAGGCAAUCCAUCAAGAGUAGUUUUCGCGAUAAGGACAAGCCCUCCCGCUUUAAGGAUUUGCAGACAACGACGCGUUUUCAAGUGGAACCGCAAAAUGAGGAGUCUGACGGCUCAAAUGAUUCGCAGGAGGAACGCGAAUUACUGGACAACGAAUACGAUACAAAAUAUGGUAAAAGUUUUCGGCAUUUUACGCGUGAGGCCCUGCCACGCCUGGAUAACUAUCGCAACAUGAUGUCCAUACAGGCCGCCUACCGUCCAACGCUCGACGAGCUGCACCAUGCAACGCUGGUGGGCAAAAACCCGCACAGCCUGCAACGUAAUCGGGACCUGGAGGCGGGCAGCACGAAUGGCGUUCUAAAAUUUGGCUGGAUCAAAGGUGUACUCAUACGCUGCCUGCUCAACAUAUGGGGUGUGAUGCUCUUUCUGCGCCUCAGCUGGGUGGUGGGCCAGGCGGGCAUCAUCGAGGGGUUCGUAUUAAUAUUGACAACGACCGCUGUCACGACCAUAACGGCGUUGUCAAUGUCAGCGAUAAGCACCAACGGCGUCAUUAAAGGAGGCGGCACCUACUACAUGAUAUCCCGCUCCUUGGGCCCCGAGUUUGGUGGCUCGAUUGGCCUGAUUUUUUCGCUGGCUAACGUUGUCGCCUGCGCCAUGUACGUGGUGGGCUUCUGUGAGUCCUUGCAGGCCAUGAUGAGAGGCAUGGAUGUGCAAAUUGUUGAUGGUGGCGUCACGGAUGUGCGCAUCGUGGGUAGCACCACGAUACUGCUGCUACUCAUUAUCGUUUGUGUCGGCAUGGAGUGGGAGGCCAAGGCGCAAAUCGGCCUGCUUUUCAUUCUGCUGGCAGCUAUCGCUGACUUCAUCAUUGGCAGCUUCAUUGGGCCCAAGAGCGAGGGCGAGCGGGCCAAGGGCUUUAUCGGCUAUAAUGCCACGCUAUUCCAUACAAAUCUGUUUCCGAACUACCGCCAGGAGGGCUAUGUCAGUCACGACUUCUUCUCAGUUUUUGCCAUCUUCUUCCCCGCCGCCACGGGCAUUUUGGCGGGCGCCAACAUUUCGGGCGACUUGAAGGACCCCCAAAAGUCUAUACCCAAGGGCACAAUUCUGGCCAUUGCUAUUACAACAGGCACCUAUCUUAUGAUGGUGCUGAUAUGUGGCGGCACUGUGGCUCGAGAUGCCACCGGCUAUGUGGUGGAUGCGAUAAACGGCUCCUUCGAGUUUCUAAACUGCUCGUCAACAUCGACUGGUACAUGCCUGUAUGGACUGCAAAACUCGUUUCAGGUAAUUGAGUUGGUUUCUGGCUUUGGUCCGCUCAUCUAUGCCGGCUGCUUUGCUGCGACAUUGUCAUCGGCUUUGGCUAGCUUGGUGUCCGCCCCCAAGGUUUUUCAGGCUUUGUGCAAGGAUGAGCUCUACCCGAAAAUCGUUUGGUUUGCCAAGGGCUACGGCAAGAACAAUGAGCCAGUGCGUGGCUAUGUGCUCACCUUCUUCAUCUCCAUGUUCUUUAUACUUGUGGGGGACCUCAACUCGAUUGCACCGCUCAUCUCGAAUUUCUUUCUGGCCGCAUAUAUGUUAAUCAACUUUAGCACAUUCCAUGCGAGCCUGGCCAAGCCCGUGGGCUGGCGGCCCACGUUCAAGUAUUAUAACAUGUGGCUGAGUCUUGUGGGCUCCAUACUCUGCGUUGCUGUCAUGUUUUUGAUUUCGUGGGCCACUGCACUCAUCACCUUCUGCGUGGUGCUGGCACUGUACUUAAUUGUCGCCUACCGCAAGCCGGACGUCAACUGGGGCUCCACCACACAAGCGCAGACCUACAAGAACGCGCUGAUGUCCGUGCAGCAGCUGAACAAUGUGGAGGAUCAUGUCAAGAACUAUCGGCCGCAGAUACUCGUCCUGUCCGGACUGCCCAAUACGCGGCCCGUUCUGGUCGAUUUUGCCUAUAUGCUGACAAAGAAUCUGUCCCUGCUCGUUUGUGGCCAUGUGCUGCGUGGUUCCGGUUCGCAGAAGUAUCGUAUUUACCUCAAGGAACGUGCCUCUAUCUGGUUCCAGAAGCAUCACGUCAAGGGCUUCUAUGCGCUGGUCGAUGGCGAGGACUUUGAGGCAGGCACGCGUGCCCUUAUGCAGGCCACGGGGAUUGGCAAGCUAAAGCCCAACAUCAUACUCAUGGGCUACAAAACCGACUGGCAGACGUGCGAGCGCAAGGAGCUGGUGCAAUAUUUCAAUGUCAUGCACAAGGCUCUAGAUAUGUAUCUAUCCGUGGCCAUACUGCGUGUGCCCCAGGGUCUGGACUGCUCGCAGCUGCUGGGCUCGCCGGAAGGCGGAUGGACCACAGCCAACUGCACUCUGGACGUGCCCCGAACGCUGCAGCCCAACGAGAGCUCCAACGAUCUGCAGGCCAGCGAGCAUAUUGCGCAACAUGGCCUCAGUGGCAGCGUGGACUCCCUGAGUCGCAAUGUAUCUCAAGAUGCCGCCAACAAAUUGGCACCCACUGACAAUGGCCUGAAGUAUGUCAAAACAUCCAGCACCAGCGACUUAUCGUUCAUAGCCGGUAAUCAGGUGAAGGAUGUCUCUGUGUUGCCCGAUCCCCUGGACGCCAAGGCCGCAAAUGAGCAGCCCAGCACACUAAGGAAAUCGAAGGCGAAACACGACGAUCCCGUUUCACUCUACAGAGGACCAGGUGGCGUGGAGCUAUCCAAGGAGGUGCUGGCUGACUUGACUCAAUUUACGCGAAAGCGCAGCCACGCCAUCAUCGAUGUCUGGUGGCUGUACGACGACGGCGGCCUCACAUUGUUGCUGCCCUACAUCAUCAGCACUCGACGCACCUGGCAAUCAUGUAAAUUGAGGGUCUAUGCACUGGCCAACAAGAAAGCGGAAUUGGAGUAUGAGCAACGUUCGAUGGCCAGUUUGCUGUCCAAGUUUCGCAUUGACUACUCCGACUUGACGUUGAUACCCGACAUUACCAAGAAGCCGUUGGAAACAUCCACACAGUUCUUCACCGAACUGAUUAAGGAUUUUGUUGUGAGCGAUAAGGAGAAUGGUCACAGCAGCAAGGGAACCCUCAACGAGGACGAAGCUCACAUUAGCGAAGAUGAUCUGCUGGCCGUUGUGGACAAGACGAAUCGCUACCUGCGACUGCGUGAGUAUCUGCGCGAGCAGUCAACCAAAUCGGAUCUUGUGGUGAUGACGCUGCCAAUGCCGCGCAAGAACAUCGUUUCGGCGCCCCUCUACAUGGCCUGGCUGGAGAGUCUCAGUCGUGAGAUGCCGCCCUUUCUAUUUGUGCGAGGCAAUCAGACAAGCGUGCUCACCUUCUACUCGUAGGCGCGGAUUGCGCCUCUUCAAUUGUAUUCUGCUUUUAACCGAACUCUCACUCUUGUUGUUAGUUGUACGAGUACAGGAAUUUUAUGUUAUUCUAGUUGUACCAUAAAUGUAUUUAUAUUUAUAUAUAGACAUAUACGCUCAAUCGCAACCCCAAAAAAAAAAAAAACCCAACCAUGACGCACACAGACGAUUAAAUUUUAUGCAGACUUGUA